CCUGCUGCUUCUCGCCCCGUUGGGCUGGCUGCUCCUGGCCGAAGCGAAGGGCGACGCCAAGCCUGAGGAGACUUCUAGCUGAUCCCCGCUCAUUCCCUGGGCGCUCGCCUUUCCCUAUCGGCCUUGGCAUGGAGCUGGAAGGACCCACCAGAGCCUGGAGCUGCUGAAAUCUGAGGCUCCAGGGAUGUCAGCUGGUCUUGGGUGGGGGCUCCAGGUCAUACCGUUCAACGGUGGGGAAUGGAAAUAUCCCUGGAGUCAGGCUGGCUAAAUGUGUAUGAGUCAGGAGGGGAGAGCCUAAGGAGGCCUGAGGCUGCAGAAAUGAGUGGGUGUCCAGACUGGAAGAGGCAAGACAACCUUUUAGUCCUCACAGUGGCCACGAAGGAGACGGAGGGGUUCCGACGCUUCAAGCGCUCAGCCCAGUUCUUCAACUACAAGAUCCAGGUGCUGGGCCUGGGGGAGGACUGGAUUGGGGAGAAGGGGUCAUCAGCAGGUGGAGGGCUGAAGGUUCGGCUGCUGAAGAAAGCUCUGAAGAAGCAUGCAGACAAGGAGAACCUGGUCAUUCUCUUCACAGACAGCUACGACGUGCUGUUUGCAUCAGGGCCCCAGGAGCUCCUGAAGAAGUUCCGACAGGCCAGGAGCCAGGUGGUCUUCUCGGCUGAGGAGCUCAUCUAUCCGGACCGCAGGCUGGAGGCCAAGUACCCUGUGGUGUCGGAUGGCAAGAGGUUCCUGGGCUCUGGAGGUUUCAUCGGUUAUGCCCCCAACCUCAGCAAACUGGUGGCCGAGUGGGAGGGCCAGGACAGUGACAGCGACCAGCUCUUUUACACCCAGAUCUUCUUGGACACGGGGAAGAGGGAGCAGAUCAAUAUCACCCUGGACCACCGCUGCCGUAUCUUCCAGAACUUGGACGGAGCCUUGGAUGAGGUCGUGCUCAAGUUUGAAAUGGGCCAUGUGAGGGCGCGGAACCUGGCCUAUGACACCCUCCCUGUCUUGAUUCACGGCAAUGGGCCCACCAAGCUGCAGCUGAACUACCUGGGCAACUAUAUCCCGCGCUUCUGGACCUUCGAGACGGGUUGCAUUGUAUGUGACGAGGGCCUGCGCAGCCUCAAGGGCAUCGGGGAUGAAGCCCUGCCCACCGUCCUGGUUGGCGUGUUCAUCGAACAGCCCACGCCGUUUCUGUCCCUGUUCUUCCAGCGGCUCCUGCGCCUCCACUACCCCCGGAAACAGAUGCGGCUUUUCAUUCACAACCACGAGCAACACCACAAGGCUCAGGUCGAGCAGUUCCUGGCAGAGCAUGGUGAUGUUUACCAGUCUGUGAAGCUGGUGGGCCCUGAUGUGCGGGUGGCAAACGCUGAUGCCAGGAACAUGGGCAUGGACUUGUGCCGGCAGGACCGUGGCUGUACCUACUACUUCAGCGUGGAUGCUGACGUGGCCUUGACAGAGCCCAAAAUCCUGAGAUUGCUGAUUGAGCAAAACAAGAACGUCAUCGCCCCAUUGAUGACCCGCCAUGGGAGGCUGUGGUCGAACUUCUGGGGCGCCCUGAGUGCAGAUGGCUACUACGCCCGCUCCGAGGACUACGUGGACAUCGUGCAGGGGCGGCGUGUUGGUGUCUGGAACGUGCCCUAUAUCUUGAACAUCUACCUGAUCAAGGGCAGUGCCCUGCGGACUGAGCUGCAGCAGACAGACAUGUUCCACCACAGCAAGCUGGACCCUGACAUGUCCUUCUGCGCCAACAUCCGGCAGCAGGAUGUGUUCAUGUUCCUGACCAACCGGCACACCUUUGGCCACCUGCUCUCCCUGGACAACUACCAGACCACCCACCUCCACAAUGACCUCUGGGAGGUGUUCAACAACCCUGAGGAAUGGAAGGAGAAGUAUAUCCAUGAAAACUACACCAAGGCGCUGGCAGGGAAGCUGGUGGAGACGCCUUGCCCGGACGUCUACUGGUUCCCCAUCUUCACGGAGACGGCCUGUGAUGAGCUGGUGGAGGAGAUGGAACACUACGGCCAGUGGUCUCUGGGAGAUAACAGGGACAGCCGCAUCCAGGGGGGCUAUGAAAACGUGCCGACCAUUGACAUCCACAUGAACCAGAUCAACUUUGAGCGGGAGUGGCACAAGUUCUUGGUGGAGUACAUUGCCCCCAUAACGGAGAAGCUCUACCCCGGCUACUACACCAGGGCCCAGUUCGACCUGGCCUUUGUUGUCCGCUACAAACCUGACGAGCAGCCCUCGCUGAUGCCACACCACGACGCCUCGACCUUCACCAUCAACAUCGCCCUGAACCGGGUCGGCGUGGAUUAUGAGGGUGGGGGCUGUCGGUUCCUGCGCUACAACUGCUCCGUCCGAGCCCCACGGAAGGGCUGGACACUCAUGCACCCUGGGCGACUCACGCACUACCACGAGGGGCUCCCCACCACCAAGGGCACCCGCUACAUCGCCGUCUCCUUCAUCGAUCCCUAAUUGGCCAGGCCGGGACACCUUGGACCUUUUUCUCUUUGCCAACAACCACUGCCCAGCAGCCUCUGAGGCCUCGGAGUCCCAGGGAACUCAGUCCAGCAAGCAUGCUCUUGACCUCCCAUUGCUCUUGGAGCCAUCAUUGAGAGAUUGGGCUGCAGGCCGGAAGUGUGCACACCUCCUUGACUGAGGCUUUCCUGGGGCUCUGGACCCAGCCCUGGGAGAUACUGUUCACUUUCACUGCGUUGAACUAACUCAUCCUUUCCCAUUUGUCUUCCUGAAAAACUCAGUCCUUCUUCCUGUGCGUCUUCCAUGGGGCAAGACUUGAUUAGAACUGGGGCUUACCCAGCUGCCUGGAGAGACUCUAGGGGCACGGAGCCAUACCCCAGAGCUUCUUCCAGGCCGAGCUGCACCCCAGGACCUUCCGCUUCGAGCUUCAGGGUAGACACAGAGACCUGAUCAGACUCAAGUUCCCACCCUGCCCCUGGGACUGCCGAAACCCCUUCUUCCCUGGCUCCUGUCAUGAGAGCAAAACCUUGUCCCCUGGAGACAGUGACUCAGAGAACCUGGAAGACAGGAAAGGCAUCAAUGCCACAGCUCUGCCCUCUACUUGACCCUUGAGGGGGUGGGGGAGUGAGUGAUAUGUCCACACACUGCACUGCGUCCCCCUGUCCUGGAUGCCUCCAGAGAGAAAGACAGGUAGUCAGAAACAGGAGAGCUUCUAUUAAAGGUCAUUCAAACCACUGAGUGGGAGAUGCUUGGGUGGGUGAGUGUGCACGUGUCGAGGCGACUGUCUGCAGGGAGAAGUUUUAAGAGCCCAUGACUGGCAAGAAAGUCUGUGUCAGCCAACUCAGGGACUUGUGUUUCCCAAACAAACACAUUUAUAUAUUCCAUAAACCGUGUCAUUUGUAUUCCGUAAGCCCUUAUGUGUGAGCAGGCACCAAACGCCUAGGGCGUGCUUCUUCAUCUGUCAAGAUUGGCAGGAGGUGUCACCUCCUUGCUGAUGCCCUUGCUGACCACCCUUCCUGCAAACAUGAACAUUGGAGAACAGAGAACUUCUGGUCUUCCAGUGCCUCCCCCCUCCGCCCCCGCCCCCACCGCUGUACCCUGGACAGAUGCUCAUAGCACCAACAAGUCAGGGCAUUUAUCAAUAAAAAAGCUAACAUCCA